AUGCCUCUGCGUGUCUUUGCGGCAGCCCUCAUCGCCUUGAUGUUGGAGGCGCAGAUGAUAGUCCAAUCAUUGCUUUCCCCCAGAGCCUUCCCAGAAGCCGACACCAUUCCAUUGUUUGUCAAAGAACAACUGCUCCGCGCCUUAAAGGACACAGGCUCAGAUAUGAGCUCUAUAGAUCAUGCAAUGGCACUCGUGCUUGGUCUGGAGCUUUCCUACGAAAGAGAUAUGCAAGCGAACUUCCGUCUCCCCAAUGGAAAAGUCAUAUCUUCAGUUGCCGUGACGUGGGCGAAAUGUUCUGGUCACGACAACUACUCCCGUUUCAGCUUUGCGCACCGCUUUUUUGUCUUCGAGACACUCCCUUUUCCUAUGAUCUUGGGAAAUGAUCUACUCGACGAUGCCGGUGAAAUCCGGACAGAUAUGUUUAAGAUCGUUUCACCAGAAGGGAAAGCCUUUUCCUUACCAGCCAUCGUGGACACAGGUGCUACUGUCAACGUCAUUUCCAUGGAGGCGUUACAGUCGCUGGGUUUCGAGGCGGACCCCAAGUACGCGAUGGUACUCACUAUGGUAAAUGGCCGGCGCAUCUGGUCGAAGGGCAGAGUGAGACUGGACUUCCACCCUCCUCACUCGAAAGCCCGUCUGAGUGAGCAAUUCGAAGUGAUCGAGAAUCUUGAAGUACCUGUCAUUAUUGGUCGACCCGUUGCUAUGGAGAUAUCCAUGUCUGGCAGACUCUCGCCUCAGCAGGUCGAAGAUUCUAAGCCCUUUGUUAUGUCUGUGGCCAAAGAAGGCGAAGGCGUUGCGCGCCCGUUCAUGUGCAUUGUCAACGGGGAGAUGGUCAAGGCUGUUGCGGACACAGGCUCAAACAGGAACUUGAUAUCCAUUUCAGCAGCCUCCAGACUCUGCGAAGCGAAUUCGAUGAGGAAAUGUAACCUGGACAUAACAUUAGCUGACACAUCGAAAGCCGCCAUUAACGCCUACUUCAAAGUCGAAAUUUCUCCAUAUUCUGCGCCGGAAGAGACGGUCAUAAAGAGAUUCUAUGUUUUGGAAGGAUUGAUCGCUGAUAUCUUCCUUUCAAGGCAAACGCUGGAGGAGAUCGGCGCCUUUACAAGGAAUCGACAAUCCUUCCUUGAACUACCAGGUGAAUCUUUGCUUUACAACCUGAACGUGGCUGCAUACCUGUCCAAACCAACCGCCAAUCUCUUGCGCUUCCUCAAGACCGGUCUUCGUUCAAAGACCGAGACUGAGGCUGGAUAUCAAAAACCCACCUUACACACCCUUCCACCACCGUCGGCCACUGACAAAGGGUUUUAUUUAGCACUUAAGAUAGUCGCUGCGUACGAGACUCACCUCAGAGACAAAAGGGAGGCAGAAAUCGCUCGCUUGAGUGGCGUACAGAGAACCAUCGCCGAAGACGCCGAGAAGCGGAGGAUCGAGCGGUACGAAGCCGAUUUGAGAAGGAGAUUAGACGAACGGAAGCAAGAUACUAAUACUCGUUGUUAG